ACAAGCAGCAAACAGCAGACAGCCCUCAGCACUGAACAGUCUUCUUUAGGCAGACAAACGUGUGAGACGUCUAAGCAAUCGUCGUGUUCCGCCGCUCAACAAUACGCGACUCUCUACUUCUACUUACUUUCCAUUGAUCACGGUGCAUAAGUACUACCAACUCAUAAGAGUCAAACACGUCUUUAAAGCUCACUAACUGACGUAUACCAAAUCAAUUCACUUGCGGUUACUCUCAAAUAAACAACAGCUCAUCCGAAAAGAAAAAAAUAUCAGUCAAUUUCACGCCGUUUAUUAUUAUUAUUUAUUGCGGUAAAACGUUGUUGAUAUUGUCGAUUCGUUUUUGUUGUUGCUCAGCUUGAGAAAGUGUCAACUUGAAUUGUAUUCAAGGCAUUUAAAUAAAAAAUUUCCACCCUCAAAACACAGGAAAAAUGAGCUCACACUGGGGUUACACAGCGGAAAAUGGUCCUGCGCAUUGGGCCAAACAAUUCCCGCAAGCUUCGGGACACAGACAAUCGCCUGUUGAUAUCACCCCAUCGACAGCCAAAAAAGGAAGCGAAUUGAAUGCUUCGUCUCUCAAAUGGAAAUACGUUCCUGAACACACUCUCAGCCUUACAAAUCCAGGAUACUGUUGGAGAGUUGAUGUCAAGGGAGUGGAUUCCGAACUCACAGGCGGCCCAUUGGGCACUGAUCUCUAUAAAUUGGAGCAGUUCCACAGCCACUGGGGAUGUACUGACGACAAAGGUUCCGAACAUACCGUUGACGGUAUCUCAUACGCUGGCGAAUUACAUCUCGUUCACUGGAACACCACCAAAUAUAAGUCGUUCGGUGAGGCUGCAUCUGCCCCAGAUGGUUUAGCCGUGUUGGGAGUCUUUUUUAAGGCAAGCGACAAUGCACAUCCGGAAUUGGAGAAGAUCACUAGCCUUUUGCCAUUUGUUUUGCACAAAGGUGAUCGGGUCACUCUACCAAACGCCUGCGAUCCUGGCAAACUUUUACCCAGCACCACAACAUACUGGACUUACGAGGGCUCACUAACCACUCCACCAUGUUCAGAAUCCGUCAUUUGGAUUGUUUUCAAAACACCAAUAGAAGUAUCACGCGAUCAAUUGAAUGCCAUGCGCAACCUUAACUGCUACGAUGUUAAGGAAGAGUGUCCUUGCAAUGAAUUGAACGGAAAAGUUAUCAACAAUUUCCGUCCACCAUUGCCAUUGGGCAACCGUGAACUCCGUGAAGUCGGUGGACAUUAAUCAAAUACAAAUUGAAAAUUUGAAAACAAAAUUGUAAACGCUUUUUUGGUGCCUUAUCACACGCAUAUUUUUAUUGUACUUUAUAAUGGAGUGAAGUUCUGUUGAUGUAUACAAUUAUGCAUAUGUAUGUGCUUCAGAAAUUCUCAUACUAAGUGAUCUAUUAAAUGUAUUGUACUAGCUUUGAAAUUUUUUUCAUUAGAUUUGUAUGUAUGUGAGUACAUAAACAUACCAUACCUGCUUACAUACAUACAUUAUAUUAUAUGUUCACAUCCAUAUACAUUUUUACGGACAUUCGUAUAUUUGCACAUGGCCUGUCCAUUGCAGUUGUUGUUAAUGCAUUGUAUGACAAGUAUUUAAAUAAAGCAUUAUUUCAUUGUUGCAACUAUUAGAAAAA